UCGCGCCGAUUUCUUCGUUCUUUCGCCACAACGUGAAAUCAGGUGUAGUGUUCUCGUAGAGCUAAGGCCUUGAAAUCCAGCUGAAUCCUCGCUUUCAAGGCGACCUACAUCCAGUUUUUACAAACAUCCUUAAAGUAAAAUAACCAGUGAAUACAAUGGCAUCUACAUCUGAGCUUGCUUGCGUCUACAGCGCUCUUAUUUUACACGACGACGAUGUCGCUAUAACCGCUGACAAGAUUGAGACCCUCGUCAAGGCAGCUAAGAUCAAUGUUGAGCCAUUCUGGCCCGGCCUUUUUGCCAAAGCGUUGCAGGGCCACAACAUUGCAGACCUGAUCCUUAGCGCAGGUGCCCCAGGCGCUGGAGGUGCUGUCGCUGCCGCCCCUGCGGCUGGUGGUGAGGCCAAGGCUGAGGAGAAGAAGGAGGAGGCCAAGAAGGAGGAGUCGGAAGAGGAAUCUGACGACGACAUGGGCUUUGGUAAGAGUGAUUCUAAAAGUGGUGUGAUGAGCCACAUAUCGUAUUAUUAGCACAUCAGCAUAUCUAAUGCUUCGAGAAAAUAAUGGAAAUAUUGCGAUAUUCAAGCGCUUUCGGGUCUCUAAGAAUCCAACAUGGCGUUCGAGCGAGACAAGUGAUUUCACUACAAGGCAUUGUUCUAUUGGGUAGGAGAGCUAGAGGGCUUUUUCUCUCGUGUGUGAAAGCUGGGUGGUAUAGGGAAAUAUGACAGUUUUUAUGCUGGGCGUUUCAGGGCGGUAUAGGAGCGAAUGGGUUAAACCACCAUUUCUUAGCCAAGCCUAGAGACAACAAAAGUUUUGUGUGAAUUGAUAACAGGGGUAAAUGCCUCUCGAUUAAAAUAUAAAAUAAAAACAAAGUCUUAUCAAAGUCAUCACAUACUCUGAAACCCUGGGGAAUUUUUCUCUAAUGUUUCACUCUUGGAAAAAUAACCCCUUGGGAACAGUAAAAAGCAAACUUGGCAAAAUAAUAACAGCCUAUGGUGAGCUGUGAUUGGUCAACCUCCCAAGGUUAUAGCCGUGCUUCCCAAAAAAAUGCACCAAAAGUCUACAUAACCGCUCUCUAUUGGCUAGAGAUCAAAUAUGGCAUUUAGCAUGUGAAGAGCUAAUUCCUGACCUCAUUUCAGCAAAAACACACGUUUAGAGUGUCUUCAUUGAAGCCAGACCAGCUUUUGGUCCUAAAGGUGUUUUACAAACGACAGGAUGUUUUUGCUCGACUCCCCCCAAGGUUUGAAAAGAGAUAAAUUUUCAAUCUAUGCCGAAAAUGUGUGACAUUUUGAAAGCGAAAGUUCAGCAGGGAACCCGAUAGUUCUUGUAACUUGUCCUCUCCAGUCCAUAAUCCGAGACGGCCUAUCUGAACUCAUUAGGAUAUGUACUGCAGAUAUUUCCAACCCAAAGGACACUGACAUUCUAGUCCAGGGAAAAGCGAGGAUCAUGCUCGGUAGCCCCGAGUCAUUCGGCAGUGAAGCGACACAGCUAUUACUUGGACCAGAAUUUGAGCCUACAGAGAGAAUGUCGUAGAUCCUUGGCUUGCAAAAUGUGCAAGUAAAGUCCUUAUAACCAUCUUGUUGUGAUACAUUCCUUCCAGUAAAAAUCAAGGAGAGUAGUUCUCCAAGCAAUGCGAUCCAAAUAGCUCGUGCCCUUUUUAUUAUCUGAGACUGUUUGCAAUAAUUCCUGAUUGCCUUACAUUCUGAGUAGAAAAGGUUAACCCAUUUUUCUUGCAUUACAAAGGACAGAGCUGGCGAAACGGCAAACAUCUACACGUUUAAGAUUUCCCACAGUGAUUUGCGUCCAAAAAAGAUUGAUGGAUGACAGCUUUUGACAUGUUAAUCCCCAGGGACCCAGGCGCUGUCGUCUGUCGCGACUGCUUUUUUUUUUUUUGCCAAGUUCGUUCCUUACUGUUCCCCAGGGGUUAUUUUUCUCACGAGUGAAACUUGGUUCAAGAAUGAAAAAUUCUCAUCAAAAAAUCAAAUAGAUUUUUUUAAUAAUGAACUCAAUCAACAGCUCUAGAGGGGCAUAUUCGACCUGAUUUGACUGUAAUAAACUCAGAUAGUUAUUUUAUUUAUUUUUGUCACUCUUUUCGAGGUGCAGAAAUAACACUUAACUCACCCUUCAUCAUGCAAGUGUCCUUGUAAUGUAGAAAGUCAUGUUUUUCUCUUUAUCCGGUGAAAAAUGAUAUUUCCUUUUUUGUAACUGACAUUGUCAUCCUUAGAAAGUGUUCAUUAAUUACACCAAGGGGGGGAGGGAGGGAAGAUUUUUACUCAAGACACCCUAAAACACCAUCAAUAUCUUCCCUUCCCCUUCGGUGUAUUUAAUGAACACUCCCUUAUACAGCUUAUUUGGCUGUGAUGAUCUCUACACCUCUGACAUAUGAAUCAAAUAUGAUUCCGUUAUAAUGAUCUGAGCCAUUUUCAAUACUUGGACAUAAUUUUACGUUUUUUUUUUAUGUUAUCAUAGUCAACUAUUUUCCUUAAAUGCUGUUGUUAGAAUUCUACAAUGUUCUUACGAUAUUUUAUGUGUCUUUUCAGGUCUCUUCGAUUAAACAUUGUAAAGCAACAAGCUUCGAAACAUCAAAUAAAAAUGUCAAACUGGAA